GUGCAGUGUUGUGAUUGGCUGUUGAACAUUUUGAGUUUGAAUUUGUCACCGGUGGCGGGUGUUGGGAAGUGUGGGUGGUGACUUAAGGAUUAUUAUUGUGAUGGACGUUUACCAUAAAUUGGAAAAACUUGGCGAAGGCACAUAUGGUGUUGUAUACAAAGGGAAACAUAAGACAACUGGACAGUUAGUUGCAAUGAAGAAAGUGCGCCUUGAAAAUGAAGACGAAGGUGUUCCAUCAACAACCAUCAGAGAAAUAUCCCUUCUUCGAGAACUGGUACACCCAAAUAUUGUGAAGCUGGAGGAUGUAAUAAUGGAUGAAUCAAGAGUCUACUUAAUUUUUGAGUACAUGUCAAUGGACCUGAAGAAAUAUCUGGAUAGUUUAGGUCAAGGCAAUUAUUUGAAGCCAGACAUGAUGAAGGCUUUCUUAUAUCAGAUGAUUUUGGCAAUAUUAUUCUGUCAUAAACGCCGUGUCUUGCAUAGAGACCUGAAGCCACAAAAUAUAUUGGUAGAUGGAAAUGGCAUUUUGAAAAUUGCAGACUUCGGUUUGGGCAGGGCAAUUGGUAUACCUCUGAGAGUAUUUACUCACGAAAUAGUAACAUUGUGGUACAGAGCUCCUGAGGUGUUGCUUGGGGCAAACAAGUAUUCUUGCCCAAUAGACAUGUGGUCUAUUGGUUGCAUAUUUGCUGAAAUGGCGUCAAAAAAACCUUUGUUUCAAGGCGACUCUGAAAUUGACCAACUGUUUAGAAUAUUCAGGGUGUUAAAAACGCCAACGGAAGAAAUAUGGCCAGGUGUUACACAGUUACCGGACUAUAAACCAACUUUUCCGAACUGGGUACAGUAUAACCUGAAUAGCCAUGUGAAGAAUAUUGAUGACGAUGGAUUGGAUUUGCUUAAGAAGUUACUGGUCUACAGUCCGCCUGAUAGACUGUCUGCAAAACAAGCCAUAAGGCAUACAUAUUUUGAUAAAAUGGACAUGUCCAAAGUACCGACGACAACUGCGUGAGAAUUUAUAUUUAUUUGAGGAGUCCAGAAAAUUGUAUAGAGAAGAAUGUCAAAUCAUUUUACUUUGUGAAUAUUUCUUAACCAUUCUGUACUUAGCUGUGUACUAUAGCAACCACAUAAAAGCAUGUCAGGAGUGAACUGUUCUUCAAAUUCAAAACAUAUUUUAUUCUUUUAUCCCAUAUGUACAAUUUAUACUUGGGUUUUUAUUUAUAGAAUCUUAGCAUUUGUUUUAAAAUGUCAGUAGCAUAAUAUUCAAUACUAGUUGCACCUGAAUUAUAAAUAACAGGGAUAUAAAAUAUUUAAGUUUAUAGUUUUUGGAAAAAUAUUUAAAAUGUGCUGUAAAAGAUGAAAGUGGAGUAUUGUCAGUAAUGUACAGUAAGAGUGAAUUGUGGGAAUAAUAGGUCUUAAAACUUGUUGACUGUGCACAUUUUUUUUUUGUGAAGUCUGUAUAGAAAGUUGACUACUUGACUAAGAGAACAGAAAGAUGCAAAAGAACGGUGUCUUUAUAGAGAUAGCUACCUGUGUGCAGCAAGUCUCUACUGUAGAUCAGUAUGAAGCAACUAGGGUUGUCACUGAUGUGUGGCUUCUGCCAGUGAAUACUGUGACACCUGAUAGAAUGAGCUGGUUCAAUGCUAGGUGAACUAAAGUCUUGCACGUUGUCCUUCCUGUGAUUCUGUGCGAGAAUGGAUAAUCGGACGGUUAGGUUAAAUGGCCACGGAAGUAAGGUGUCGUGUUCCCCGCGGGUAAGCCCGAUACCUGCCAUGUGCAAGAAAGUACCUGCCCAGUAGAUCAGGUACAUGCGAUAGCUGCCAGAGGACACGUAAAAGCUUUGGCUUCUAACUGUCGUGUUUUCGGGCAUCUCGAAAACGUGAUGUACCCGCCAGUAAUAGUUGAAGGUGAGCCGUCCUCGAGGAUCCGUGAGGAGACUGCUGUUGUAGCGAUCAAUUUCUGCUUCUCGGCUGCUGGGUUCUGCGCUCUGCAAAUGAGCAUAGUUGUCAAGUGACUCCUCCCGUAUUUUGUAUGCCGAACUAUCCACCGAAGAUCUGCAAUCAAAUACAGAAUAUAUAUUCUUAGUAAAUUACACGGUUGGAAUAUAUUUCUUGAUUAAACAAUAUUUGAAACAAUAAUUUGUCAAAAACUGUGAAGGAAAUUCUAUUUUGUAGCCUUUUGUGGAAAAAAAAUUAUGCAUAAAUAUUGACUUUUUUCGUCUUUAUUGUUUGAAAAGUCUUGUGCUUUGUCAUUUCCAAUUAAGUUAAAUUAUUUUAAUUAAAUGUAACUGUCAUUCAGAUGAAAAAUUG